AUCCCUACCCAUAAUGCACUGCUGCACGCAUUGGGGGAAGAGCUUUCGCGGGAGAGCCAGCGAGGCUAUUCAGCUAGUUUGUUUCAGCAACUUUUGCAGUAUUUUGAUGUUUUAAUUCAGAAGUGAUCAACCGUGCAUCUUGCAGGGGUUGUUGAUCGACUGUCUUUUGAGAGGGAUUGUUGAAAGAAUACGCCAGGCGUUCAAAGGAGUGAAGUCUGGCCCCUUAAAGUCUACAGAGGCAGUUUCACCGCUGGACUCAACGUCUGCCGCAGGUGUCCCAAUGGCCAGUGAAGAUUCCACAGAACAACUUCCAGGAGAUGCAGCUGGUUCAGAAGUGAAGCCAGAUGCAGUGGAGUCAUGCCUGCUGGACGCCACUGAUGCUGGUGUUAAUGAACCAAACCUUCAAAACAACCUGAUGGAAAGCCAUCAGAUGGAGCAGGAGGAAGUAGAGAAGCUUCAAGGGGAGAUGGAGGAAGAUCUGGAUUUAAGACAACAACCGGGUAUGGACCAUGAAAGCGGACCAGAAAAGGCCGAUCUAACUGACCAGAACGAAGAAGAAGAAAAUUUUGCACAGGGACAAUCUAAGCAGAAGAAUGCUGAAGAAGUAGAGAAGAAUGAAGAGAGCAAGAUCGCAGAGGAUGCAGCACAGUGUUCAGAAGAGCUUGUGAUCGCUAAAGUCGAGGACUUUACCAAUGAAAUGGCAAUAGAUGUGGACCAGACUGAGGAUCGCGAUGGGAGGAUGGAGGUAGAUGGAUCAGAUGAUGCAGGAAAAUCUUUUCCUAAAUGCAUAAAAAGGGAGAAAACGGAACCAUCUGUCGUGCAAACACAGUCAAUGUUAAAAACUGAGUUGAAACCUGAAGUGGCCCAGCUCUCUGGUGCCCUACCAGUGAAGGUGAAGGAUGAGCCAAUGGAUGAGGAGUAUGAGAAAGUGUCGGAGCAACUUGGCCCAGUGGGCAACAUUAAAGAUGAGCCCAACACAGCAGCUAUGGCACACUACACGUGUGAGGAAGCUCUUGGGACGGUCCUGGACAGCGAGGAAGAAUUCACCUUUUCCUCAGAAGAGGAGCAGGAGUCCAAUGAUGAAUGGUCGCAUUUUGAAGAGCGACUUGAUCCAGCCGAGGAUGUCCUUUCUGAUGAAAAUGAGGAGAACGACAGUGACCACCAGAUGCCUGUUGCAAAGAAAGCCAGGACAAACAAGCAGUCUGCUCUGACAUGGAAAACAGAGACUGAAGUCGACUUGGUUCCACAGACUCUGAGAUUCGUGCCCGCACGCGAUCCCGGACCGCAGCUGUGGUCAGCUGACUCGUACACUCCCCUCAGUCUCUUCAAACUCUUUUUCUCUGAAAGCGCUGUCUCAACUCUAUGCUACAACACAAAUGCCCAGGUCGCCAGGUCAAUUGAAAGGGGUCGCAAAUACAGGUGGACAGAUGUCAGUGUUAGCGAAUUGUACCGUUACUUUGGACUCAUAUUCUACAUGGGCAUGGUGAAGUUGAGCUCCAUCAAUGACUACUGGCGGCAGGACAGUCUUUGCUCUGUGCCUUUUCCCGCCACAAUCAUGUCAAGGGACAGAUACCGCACCAUUUCAUGGAAUAUGCACAUGAGUCACCCAGCUGCGGACAAGGAGAAUGACAAAAAGAAGGGCACAGAUGAAUAUGACUGGCUUUUCAGGGUCAAACCCCUCAUGGACACGAUCCGUCUUGCGUGCAAAACUAUUUAUCAUCCUAGAAGAAAUUUAGCUGUGGAUGAAAGAAUGGUGGCAUGCAAAGCCAACACAGGAAUGACACAGUACAUGAAAGCCAAGCCAACCAAGUGGGGCUUCAAGCUGUUUGUCCUCGCCGACUCAUCAAAUGGAUAUACUGUUGACUUUUCUGUGUACACAGGAAAAAACAAUGUUGCCACAGGCAAUGGACUGCCAUAUGAUACUGUGAUGUCUCUCAUGGACAAAAAACUUUUGGGAUCUGGGUACCAUGUGUACAUGGACAAUUUCUACACAAGCCCAAAGCUCCUAACAGACGUGAUAGACAUGAGGUAUGGCGCUUGUGGGACUUACAGAGACUACAGGAAGAAUAGCCCACAAAAUGCAGCUAAUUCACUGACUAAAAAUUCCCCCAGGGGAUCCAUUAGAUGGAUUCGCAAUGGUCCGCUUGUGUUUGUGAAGUGGAUGGACACACGAGAGGUGUCUGUGUGUUCCUCUAUUCAUCCUGCCUACACAGGAGACACCGUGCAGAGGAAAGUGAAAACACAAGAUACAUGGAGCUUAAAAUCUUUCCCCUGUCCCGCACCUGUUACUGCAUACAACCAAUACAUGGGGGGCGUUGACUUGUCCGAUCGGCUGUUGCAAUACUACACCGCACAGCACAAAACCUUGAAGUGGUACAGAAAGAUCUUCCUACACUUCUUGGACAUUGCUGCCACCAACUCUUUUACAGUUCACAAAGAGCUAUAUGGCAACAUGACCUACAAGGAGUUUAUGGAGCAGCUUAUCUCAGAGCUCUGUGGCGUGUCACCGAAAAUCCCACAGAAACAGGCCAGCAGUGACCAUGUGCCCGUUCCAGGAGCUCCGCUGAGCACUGAUACCAGGAAAGUUGCCUCUAGUGGUCGGCGAAUCUGUGUGCACUGUAAAGCAGCGCAUGGAAAGAAGCAGCAAACUCCUUGGAAAUGCCAGGCGUGCGAUACUUUCACUCACGAAGUGAACUUAAAGGGCUCCAUCCAUAAGCUGUGCAGCAACAGCUGCUUUAACCAGUUCCGCUCCUCCAAUAAACUGACUAUGAACAGCUGUGUCAACUGUGGAGGAUAUUGCAAUGGCACAGACAGUCAGUGUCCAUCUCUGCAGAUAGAGGGCAGUCUUAUGAAGUUCUGCAAACAAAACUGCCUCAUAGGCUUCAAAAAGAAAAGUUUGAAACCUGUCACCUGCAAAAUUUGCCGUACCAUGCGCCCGGUUGCAGAAAUGGUGGAUAGUCCGAAUACAGAGGGAAUCAGGGAGCUUUUCUGUUCAACUUCCUGUGUCACAGCGAAUAAGGUUCAGACUGUCAGUUCUUCAGGUGCUCCAGUGGAAUGCAACAGCUGCAAGCUUAAACUAGUGCCUCAGUACCAUCUAGCCAUGUCUGACGGAACCAUCCAAAACUUCUGCUCCUUUUCAUGUGUAGUAUCAUAUCAGGAGUCCUUCAGUAAGACGAAACCUAUCUUGCCGGUAAAUGCUGUAACCUCUACAAGCAACAACACACCUACCCCAAAACCUGCUGCCCCCAAACCUGCUUCCUCAGACUCCAGCUCAUCAGUGAAGACUACCACUUCCAGUGGUACGGUGCAGACAGUCACCAAGAUCCCCUGCUCUCAGUGUCUGAACUCGUUCUUUCACAGACCAGAGCUGCUGGAGUUCAAGAGGAAAAUGUAUGCUUUCUGUGAUAACGCUUGUGUUGAGGAGUUCAAACAGAUCAACAAUGUCAUGGCUCGCUGUGAAUACUGUAAGAUUGAUAAAAUUGUCAAGGAGGUGAAAAGGAUAAACAAGAUUGACCGCUCUUUCUGCAGUGAGGGAUGCAAGUUACUGUUUAAGCAUGACCUGGUCAAGCGCUGGGGGAAGAAACACUGUCGCAGCUGCUUUUACUGUAGCGGAUCCGCUCAGACUCUAGUGACUGAAGUUGUUAAUAACGUAGAGGAGGAGUUCUGUGGGAACUUAUGCUUAUCACAACACACCUUACUAAUGCGUAAGGAAAUAAAGUGCUCCAUGUGCAGGCAGGCCAAAAAGAUGACCGAGACUGUGAAAUGGCUGGGUGAGAUCAAGCAUUUCUGCAGCUUGCAAUGCUUGAUGUUCUUUUGCAGUCUGCAGGGAACCACUGGGGCAGUCAGACCUGUAAACAAACCUCUGUCCACACAAGGGACAGGCCCAGCACCGUCUCCAGGCCCUCAAAGUACAGUUAAUCGCACAUCAUUGAUAACUAAAGAGGCCACGCCGGUCAUUGCCAGUGUUAUAUCACUCUCAAGUGCGUCCAGUGGACAGCCAGGUGUUUUAGGGAACAGCGUUCUGCAAGGCUCUGUUCCAGCUGCUACAGCAAAAAGUUCAGGAAAUGCGGCCAGCACACAGACAGACGGUGAGAAGGCUUCUGCUCCAGCACCUCGAAUCCUGAAGAACAAAGCCUUGCUGUGUAAACCAUUAAGUCAGAACAAAGGCACAUCCUGUAAACCCAAUGUCUGCGACAUGAACACACAAACAGAUGGACCUUCCGUGAUAGUGCUGCCUGUGCCAGUGCCAAUCUAUGUUCCGGUUCCCAUGAACCUCUACACCCAAUACACUCCGAAGUCUGUGGGGCUUCCCCUUCCGGUUCCGGUGCCCUUGUUCUUCCCCACCACUCUGGACAGUGCUGAGUGCAUUGUGAAGACCAUUCAGGAAAUCAAAGAGAAGAUCCCUGAUGACCCUCUGGAGGCCGACCUCAUCAUGAUGGCAGAGAUGGUGGCUGAGGAUGCAGAGAAGGAGAAAAACAUCACUGUUACUGAUCCGACUAGUAACAUAAUGUAUGACCUUGAUCUGGAAGCCCUAUCCAGCAAUCUGAGUUGGGAGGAGGACUCUGUGUCUUCUGCCCAGACAUGGGACCAAACCCCAGAGCCUGAGAGACCUCCUCUGUCCAGAUCUGCCACAGUGACUCCAGUCUCCACCGCAGCAGAAGAGCCACAGAUGGACUUGGAGGCUGAUUUCCCAAUUGAGAGCAUUGAACUUUUCAGAGAGCAAACACAAAAGGAGACAACGGAUUCUGGCAAACGGAAGUCUCGCAAGAGAAAACAUGAUGGCUUCCCUCAGAAGAAACGGGGCCGUAAGAGUGCAACUGUUGUUCCAGUCAAAUCAGCAUUAGACAACCUCUCAACACUGCAACACGAGUACGCUGUAAAUGCUUGGAAGGAAUGGGUACGCUGGAGGAAUGCCCAACCCAACAUGGAGACCCCCAAAUUUGGCUCACGCAGUAUGACACUAAAGGAGGACUUAUUGAAGUGUUGCACGGCUGAACUAAGCUAUGGCCUCUGCAAGUUCAUUUCUGAGGUUCGUCGUCCCAGCGGAGAGAAAUACAGCCCUGACACCAUCUUUUAUCUCUGCUUGGGAAUCCAGCAGUACCUGUUUAAGAACAAUCGGAUGGAGAACAUCUUCGCAGACGUCUUCUACACCAAAUUCUGUCAGGAACUGACCAACAUACUCAGAGGGUGGAAACCAACUAUUUUGCCCAGUGGUUACGUUCAUUCUCGUGUGGAGGAGGAGUAUCUGUGGGACUGUAAACAGCUGGGGGCGUUUUCACCUGGUGUGCUGCUCAACACGCUGCUCUAUUUCUUCUCCAAGUACUUCAACUACAAGACAGCGGAGCAGCACCGUCGCCUCUCUUUUGGCCACAUUGUACGCUGCUCUCGGAGCAAGGGCAACACAAAAGUGGCCUGUUUGCGUUUCUAUCCCCCCAAAGAGGACACAAGCACAGUUGGCGUCCCUGCAAAGAAAAGGAAGGAAGAGGAGGAUGACAGUAACACUGUAUAUGAGAUAAAGGAGAAUGCAGACAAUCCUCUUCGCUGUCCUGUCAGGCUAUAUGAGUUCUAUCUCUCAAAAUGCUCACCCAGCGUGAGGCAACGCACAACCGACUUUUACCUGAGCCCCGAGCGCUCAUGUGUACCCAACAGUCCCAUGUGGUUCUCGACCACCUCUCUGAGCGAUGAGGCUCUGGACAGCAUGCUCACACGUAUCCUUACUGUCAGAGAGCUGCACCUGGAGAGAGACAAAUCACCCAAUGAGACUGACUCAGACAGUGACUUGGACUUCAGGCCCUGACUUUGAAAUGAGACGUACAGCAUAAGUGCACACCAAAUUUGCAGAGUGAAGAAGGUAUCUCGGAUUUCUCCUAGAUGGUUCUCUGAGUAUUUCUACAAAGCUGGCAAAAUCUGGAUGCCAUUAAAUGGGCCUUAAGGAUAUUGAUAGUGAUUCCAAUGGAUAGAAAGCAAGUGUUUUGUCUUUGUAUUUUCCAUGUUUAAUUGGAUUGUAGUUAUGAGGCUGUAUAGUGUUUUUUGUGAUCAAGUGUAUGGAAAAACAAUAUUUGGCAAAAGCAGCUAAUGU